AUGCCAACUUGCACGAACGACGGCAUUCAGGCAUCGCCGCAGCGCGCCGCUGGGUCGGCUUUAGUUUCCCCCACAUCCACAUCCACACGCGACGACUGGACGAGGACGGCCUCAUAAGCGGACAGACUCCGCACGGACGAGAGCAGGGACGGGCCCAAUCAGUGGCAAGCAGCCAGUGCCGAAUAUCUGGUCUCCAGCCCAGCCAAGAAUAUCUUAUAUGACCGCUCCAGCACAGGCGGAUUGGUAGCGAGCUCGAGACUUUUGGAUUUUGGCCCACGAGUAAGUCGCUUCUUGCCUCGACCUGCCUCUGUGAACAGUGCAACUGAUCAGGUAUACAUUUGAACAGUGCGUAGGUACGCGUCCACGAGUCGGGAACCAUUUCGUAAGGUGUUGUAUCUCCGCCAGGACUAUCCGAGCAACUACGUCGACUCGUCCUUUCUCUCGGACCUGCAGAGGAAUGGUACGUCGUGCCCACGGACCUAAUAUUCACCACGUUAUGCAUAUGGAGUGCUGAGGAUCGCAUGUCGCUGUCACAGUUAACGUCCACCCAGCGUCCCUGCCAGUGCUUUUGGCGCAAACGUUGCCCAUCACCCAACACCUCGCGUCGACCUUCAUCUUUGUUUCUAUAUUCGUACGACUCUCAAAAGGGUCUCUGCAACCUUCGACGUUGCUAGUCUACUGUGGUAUUCUUGUGAUCGCUUUGCGCGUCGCGUUGUUCGUCAUCCGCUGGACCUGCGACGAGCCAAGCUCCAAGAUUCCGGCGACGACUGUUCUUGCGGUGGCCGAUGGCGAAGAGCCGGAUACAGCGCCCGCCUCGACGAUACCGAGUCCUCUCCCAACACCAUCCACGAACGCGAAGAUACCCAUCAUCCCUCUCUUCUCUCUCUACCUGCUCUCUCCGGCUCUGAAAACCCUUACUCGCGCGACGACCUCGGACUCGAUCUGGGCACUCGCAGGUACGCUCUUCGCCCUCAACGUCUUUGUCGGAGACUAUCGCUCGAUCCCACUUCGCACAACCGGUUCACCAGGCAAGACCUCUUCAAGUCUACCCCUCACCGCAGCAUUAUCCGGCUCGACCGUCCUCGCCUCGAGGUUGUCGUCCAACCUCGCCGUCUUCAGCCUACUCCUCUUCGCGACGAUCUGGUUCGGUCCAUUACCGGGCCUACGCUCCCAUCUCUCCAUCCGACCGACCCUCAUCUUGACCCUCGUAUUGUGCCUAGGCGCAAUAGGAAGUCUGAGAGGACUCGGAGGAGGUGUGGAUAAGAUCGCGAUGAUGCUCUUGUUCGCGAGCGCGGUCUUGGUUCCGCUUUUGAGGGGUUGGCUGAUGUUGAGGUACAAGGAUAGGGUCAGGGGACCUUGGGAUCAGGCCGUACCGAGGGUAGGGCCUGCAAACUCGUAG